GCUGGUCUUGCGGGGGCUGCUGGGAGUUGUAGUUCUGGCCCGAUGUGGGCUGUGCGGAGGGGUCAGCUCUGCAGGGCGCUGUGGGGUUCUCAGGCUCCGGCCGCCUUUUCUCGGCCCCGUAGCGCAGAGCCCGGCUCUCUCCCCGUCCCACGCUGCUGGAGUUGUGGCAUCCCUCUCCCCGCUCGCGGGGGGCAGGGGUUGCCUCGCUUCUGUCCGGCCUGCCAGGCCCUGCAGCCCCCGGAGUCCCAGCCUGACCUCUUCCGCCUUAUGGGCUGCGAUCGCUCCUUCAACAUCAGUGUGCAGCAGCUGCAGCAGCGAUUCCGGAGCUUGCAGCGCUCCCUACACCCUGAUUACUUCAGCCAGAGACCCCAGAAAGAGCGGGACUUUUCUGAACAACACUCUUCCUUGGUUAACAGAGCCUACCAAACCCUUCUAAGUCCCUUGAGACGUGGAUUGUACCUACUGGAGCUGAAUGGAGUGGAACUGGCAAAAGGGACAGACAGUGACAUAGAUGUGGAGUUCCUCAAGGAAAUCAUGGAAAUCAAUGAGACACUGGCAGAACUUAAUAAUGAGGCUAAAAUAGAAGAGAUUGAAAGUUUCAUUGAAGUUAAACAAGAAGAAUUGACCAAGGAUGUGAGCAAAGCUUUUGAAAGAGAUGAUCUUCAAGAAGCCAAGAAACUUCUAGCCAAAAUGAAAUACUUUGAAAACUUGGAGGACAAGGUGAAGAGCAAGAAGAACCCUUCCUGAUAUCACAUUCUUUGCCAUUAAGAUCUGAUCCACUUUUGAUUAAAGUAGUGAUUGGUAGUUUCUGAUUCAGGAACUAAAAGGAGCACAA